AAAUUGAGUUAAAUUGGUUCGGCUGGUGGUUGCAGUCUCGUUAAGUCAUCAACAACCUCCGACCCUUUUACAUUAUCCGGAUAGAGAGAGGUUGGCCGCAGUUCAGCGAACCUGCACCAGAUACACAGAAAUACACAGAAGGUGAAAAAUUCUGCUUGAGGAAUAGAAGGAGAAAAUCAAGAAAAUGCCAGACAUACCGUUUGUUCUAAACCUGGAUUCGCCGGACUCGAUGUACUAUGGCCAUGACAUGUUUCCGAAUCGCAUGUAUCGGCGUAUGCAUUCAAGACAUCACGAUCCAUUGGAUUUGCACGCUCUGGGGCUGAUUGCCCGUCUGGGCGCCCAUGCACAUCAUCUGGUGGCCAAUAAGCGUAAUGGCGAGUUAUCUGCGCUGGGAGGUAGCGUUGGUAAGGACGGGAAGUCGCCGUUUGAGGUGAAACUGGAUGUGGGGCUCUUCGAUCCAAGCGAGCUGACCGUUAAAUUGGUCAAUGGUUUCGUCAUUGUUGAGGGAAAGCAUGAGGAGCGUGAGGAUGAGCACGGACAUGUAUCACGUCAUUUUGUGCGUCGCUAUCCCUUGGCCAAGGAGUACGAUGCUGACGCUAUCGUCUCCACAUUAAGUGCAGAUGGUGUGCUUACUAUUAAAGUGCCACCAUUGGCAUCGCAGGAGGAGGCAGAGGAACGUAUUAUACCAAUCAAACAGGUGGGCCCAUCCGAUUUGUUUGUGCAGCAGGCACAAAAUGGCAAUGGUGGACCUAAAGAGCAGGUCCCCGUGGCCAAGUAAAGAGGGACUCCUUCCUAUUUGGGGUAGUUAAGUGAUUUUCCAAGACUCGUUCUCAUUGCACUAGAAAAGGAAGUAAAAAAGGCGCGAAUUUAUAUUACUUAUUGCGCACACAAGCAUAUUUUAUUACUUAUUAUUAAUUACAUUUUAAUGUCAUAUGCGUAUUUAAUCGAAUCCAAUCCAAUUUAAAGACUAAUCCAAAUGCAGUAUUAAAUAAUAAAUAUUAAUGUCAUAUGAAUGUAAU